GUUCACUACAAUACAAUGUUGCAUUAUAAUCCUUCAACUCACUCAUUUAUUAUACCUAAGUUGCAAAUUCGAAACUAUCGUUCGCCAAAUUUUCCGACAAUCUCAUGUCGGUUUGUCCGGGAGAACUAUAAUGGUCUUGUUCUCGAUAAAACUCGGGAUGACAAAGGGAUGAAAUGGUACCAUGAAAUGAAAUUAGAGGUUCGGGAUUACGAAUGCGAUCGAUAUGGAGUGGUGAAUAAUGCCGUUUAUGCGAAUUAUUGUCAACAUGGUCAAUUUAGAUUAUCUGAAAUGCUUGGCUUAACUGCUGCUGUUGAUGUGGUAGCUCUGAAAGAGUUAUCACUCAAAUACAUUGCACCAUUGAGGAGUGGGGAUAGGUUCUUGCUGAAGGUGAGGCUGUGUGAUUUUUCUGCUGUUCGGUUGUACUAUGAGAAUCUCAUUUUCAAGCUGCCAAACUUAGAGCCAAUUCUGGAGGCGAAAUCCACAGUUGUUUGGCUAGAUAAAAGUUAUCGACCGACCCGAAUUCCUCAGCGGGUCAUAUCCUUAAUUCCUCGUUCAUGAAACGAUUGCAAAUUAAAGGAUAUGUAUGUAAUGUUAAUCUUCAUAUGAUGUUGUAUGCUUCCCAAAUUAAGGAAAUAUUUAGUGGUUUAUUUUUGCAACGUACUUCAUUUUGGUUCAAAAUUUAUAUUUCUUAGGUGGUUUUUGUAUGCUCUUCAAGUACUCCAUCCAGUAUUUGAAUUUUGGUUCCAAAUACGAAGGUAAUUUUCAAUAUGCAAA